UUGUGAAUCAUCAAUCUAUGCGGUGAUUCAUGAGGCCACAAUGUUCAUCAAACGUGGCAUGGAUUGUGUAUGAGGUUAUCUCAAUCACCUAUUGUUUGGCCGACCGCACUGAUUAUUUACAAUGCUUAACGCUCGCGUAGUUCAAUGAGCACCCAGCUCCUGCUCACUAUUUAAGGACGCAUCCUGAUCUCGUUCUUCUGCUCUUCUCCAAACAAGUCAGUUCCAACGGACAAUAUCACAACCUGCCGUGGGUAAACUAAAUCUCAUCGCCACCUACCUCCGAUCCCAGGAAAAAUUAACAACUUGUUCCAAAAUUCACCAUACACAAACGCAUUCAAACGCAUUUCUAUCAUCAUGUUGACUCGUACGUCACAGCAGUCAUCGACACCUUCCCACGAGUCUGAGAAUGGCACCAAUCCCCCAGUCUCGCUGCGCGCUGGCCCCUCUACAGCCCGCCCACCUCUAAUGGAUGUUGACGACGUGCAAGCCACUAUUGAGAUUCCGAAGCCAAGUAGGUAUAGCAAGUUUCCAGAGUCACUCAAGUUUCUCGAGGCCUAUGCAUCAAAUCCCCCAAGUCCAACGGAGGAUAACCAGACACGUCAACUGGGUCCAUCAGAGAACGAACACUUAACAUCAUCGAACUCACCAGAGGACGAACAAUUAGAUCCCGAGUGGGUCAGAGAGCGAAUUGAAUGGAUCCAGGGGCGAAUUAAGAUUCUUGAGGAAUCUAUAGUCAAUUCACCCAGCUCACCAAUUCAACCAGAGUCUUUCGACAAAUCUAUGUCAAAUCCUCCCCUUCCAUCUCAUCCCGGCAAGAACCAGGAUCCGCUUGCGUUCCUCGAUGCUGUAUCGCCGACUCUACCAAGUCCACCACGUCGAACAAGGUCCCAACAGGUUCACGAUGGUUUUGAACUUCUCGAUACGGACAAUCCGGAUCCAUCCAGUCCACCACCCCGAACAAGGGCCAAACGGGUCUGCAUGGGCCUCGAGGACAAGACGGCUAACGAACCUACGAAACAGUCUGGAGCUCAGUCAAAGCUCGCGACGACUGAUCAAGUGCUCCAUGAACGCAACAUGAGUACGGAAUAGGACAAUUUUUUGUACAGCGGAGUG